CCAUCACCGCCGCUCUCACAUCACCCACCAAUCAACCUAUCUAUUUCCUACUCGUAGUACAUAAUACAAGUCUUCCAUCAUCCAAAUCGCAAAUCUUCCGAGACACGUUUAAAUCCAGCCAACCCAUUACUCGUCACACCUGACACACGGAACAAUUCUGACAUAUCUCUCAAGCUCCGCCUCACCGACGGCACCUCCAAUUGUAGCGACCAUGCCAGAAUCCAGCCAAACCCGAACUCCGCCGCCUUCGGUGUCGAAUGCAGAGCCGUUCGCAGACGGCUCUCAAGCUGCUCCGCCUAGCCCUCCACCUCCGCCUCCGCUCCCCCCGCGGUUGGUUAGUGCGCGGCCUUCCCAACUACCUACUUUAGGGACCGUCGGAGCCGCCGCCGUACGUGCGCAAGCAGUAUACUACUCCUUUCAUGGCACCUUGAUGAAUCCAGCAAUCCUGAAAGGAGUUCUGGGACUCAUAUCCGAGCCGGUUCUGCGCAGCGCCAAAAUAUAUGGCUAUGAACUCGCUAAUUGGGGCCAGUACAAGACCCUUUUUGACGGCAAUCAAGGAACAGUGGUGACUGGUCGCGUCCUACAUGGUCCAGCCCAUCGAGGAGGAGUACAAGCUCGCAUACUAGGAAACCAACGCGUACAGUCUAGCACCCUGCGCGAUAUACUUUACCGACGGUCCGGACGGAAAGGAGGACGAGGAGCCCACCAUUGGUAAAACUUUCCGGUAUGCCGGAAAUGCUCGGGCACUUAGGGAAGGUCGCUUGACCAAAGGUUGUGGGAGAUGCAAAUGGGG